CACACUUUAAUUUUUGCAUGCGUGUCAGUCAUUUCGUUUCGCGUUGCCAUUUCUGUUUUUCUCUCAAUCUUCGAAAUUUUGGGAACCAACUUCAAGUUUUUCGAAAACAUGAACGAAGAAGAAGCUCCAGUCCCGAUAGUAGCUUUAACUAUGGUCCUCGGGACCAUAGUUAUGAUGGUCGUCUUUUUCUUUUUCGUUGCAAAGAAAAGUAAAGAGGAAAGAGAAAAAGAAAUAGAAGAGACUUCAGCAACAAAGCCGAAACCAAAGCAGAAUCAGAGUCAGAAUGGGAAACAGCCUGCAAACAAAGCAGCAAAGAAACCCUUUACAACUAAGAAAAAGGCACAGGUCACGUACACUCACCCAUGGUUGCUGACGACACUGAAAGGACACACAAACACCAUUUUAGACAUGGAUUUCAGUCAGAACGGAAAAUAUUUUAUAACAGUCGCUGAAGAUCGUUCUGCAUUCAUAUGGAGUAUCAAAAAUUUUUCUCACAAAGAACAUCGAUAUAUUCGAGCUCCCAUUGAUGUAGAUCAUGCAACACGGGUUCGAUUCAGCCCUGAUACAAAAGCGUUUUUAGUGAGUUUGGCAAGAAAAAACAUUUUGCGGAUUUACCGAAUUGGAAAGAAGAACGAUGGAAGCAUAGGAAGCUUUGUAGCUGCGUUUGAUUUCCCUAAAUACAACAAAGCUGAUAUACGAAAUAUUGGUGUUGCUUCCAAUGGCCGUUUUAUCAUGGUGGGUUAUGCCAAUACCACAAUCUUUGUCAUCAGCAUAAAAGGAGACAUCCUUGCAACAAUUGACACCCACCAAGUGACCAAUAGCUUAGCUUUGGUCUCUCAUUGUGGACGUUUCAUUGGAUCAUCAGGUUUCACACCUGAUGUCAAAGUGUGGGAAGUUUGUUUUGACAAGUCUCUACUUUUUAAGGAAGUCUCUCGAGCUUUUGAACUGAAAGGACACAGCGCCGGUGUGAAAUGUUUCAGCUUCAACAUGGACUCCACAAGAAUGGCCUCAGCUUCUAAAGAUGGAACUUGGAAAUUGUGGGACACAGAUGUGCAAUACAAAAAACAACAAGAUCCAUACCUGUUAUACACUGGGACCUUCCAUUCGAACCCAUCACACAUUGUUUUGUCACCUGAUUCACGAACUGUUGUAAUGUCUCAUGGAAACAAAAUUGUUGUCUUCAACACCUUUUCAAAAAAAAUUGAAAUGGUGAUGGAAAAUGUUCAUGAAGAUUGUCCGGGAGAAAAAUCUCAUUUUAUAAGAGGAAAAAACAAUUUUAUCAACCGGAUUCCAAUAACGGUCAAAGAAUGCUGUUUUGAUUGCUGCAGCAAAGAUUUUACUGCAACCAAAGUUGGUAGUGUUCUCCAUUUCUAAGCACAGCAUCUUAACACAGGCUAAAUCAAUAUAACAUAAUACUGGUACACACACACACAUGCUCACUUUUUCUCUCUCUGUUUCCAUUAAACUAAACAUGCAUGUUUUUUCCUCUCCCUGAAUUAACCACCCAUUCUAAGUGGGCUUCAAAAUCCCUUUAAUUUAACAAAGUAAUCACCCUACUAGCCCCUUUUUAUUAUUAUUAUUAUUUUAAUUAUUCCUCUCUAAAUUCAAUAAAGUUAAUCAAUCACGUUCUGGGGUUUUCAUCACUCCAAAGUUUUUUUGUUUAUUUUUUUAUUUCAAUCAAUCAUGUUUUUUUUUUCUGCCAACAUUUAUAACCAAAUACCAAAGAUAUUGGAAAUGUUCUUCACAGUGUGGAGAGAAGUUUGCUUCCUCAUUCUUUUAUUAAAUCUGACAUCAACCACUGCUUCCUAAAUGUUUUUUUUUUUUUUUAUAU